AUGUUGUCAUCAAUGCACAUGUCACCAAUUAUUGGAAGUAAUAAGGAAACUGCCAAGCCAGAAAUAAUUUUAUAUUAUAAUAAAACCAAAAGUGGAGUGGACAACUUGGAUAAGCUGUUAGCAGAAUAUACCGUAAAACGCAGAACAAAUCGGUGGCCUUUAGCACUUUUUUACAAUAUCAUUGACAUUGCAGCUUUGGCAGCAUAUAUUAUUUACAUGGAACAUAACCCACAAUUGGUCUCGAGUGACAGACGUAGAAAAUUUUUGAAAUCAUUGAGUCUACAACUGUGUGGUAAAAAUAUAGAAGAGAGAUCAAAAAAUUGCAUUGUGACAUCAAAAUUACAUGUGAGAUCUGCAAUGCAGGACGUGCUUGGCCGAGAACUUAGGCCGUCAAUUUGUUUUGGAUCUGCAACUUCUAUAAGUCAAACUAUACGAGAUUCUACAGGGCGUGUUGCAGUCGUCGGAAGUUGUUACCUAUGCAGAGAACUCAAACGCAAGCAAAGAAAACUCGAAAAGCUUGCACUAACUGCAGAUAACCAGUUUGUGAUGAACAUGCAGUAA